AUGCCACAAACUUCUUCUCGUAUGAUUGUUAAUACCAAUGAAGCUAUGUGUGAUUCUGUUGAUAAUCUUGCCAAUGACAUAUUUUUAGAUGCCCUUGAUGAUGAUGAAUUAUUGCAAAGUAUUGAUGUAGACCAAAUAGUUCAAGGAAUGAACAACUACUUCACGGCAUCAACAACUACUUCAAGGAAUUUUCAACUUGAGAGGCCCUCAAGUAUGACAGAUCCUGUCAACUUUAACUCCCAGACUUACAUAAGAAAUGAACCAGGAGAUACUAUGACUUGGAGCUCACCUACUCCAUCCUGUUAUGCAAACCAGUUUGGGACUACAUCUGCAGACAGACAAGUAUUUACUCCAAAGCUUCUUGACAUUAAUUACAUUGAAGGAUCUGGAGAUAAAAAAUGGAAAAGUUUAGACUUUCCAUGGACAAAGAAACUUGAGGCUAACAACAGAAAAGUGUUCGGUAAUCACUCAUUUCGCCCCAAUCAAAGAGAGGUGAUCAAUGCUACAAUGAGUGGUUGUGAUGUCUUUGUUUUAAUGCCAACUGGUGGUGGAAAGAGUUUGACAUACCAGCUUCCUGCUCUCAUCAGCUCUGGAGUAACAUUAGUUGUCUAUCCUCUUGUCUCACUCAUUCAAAAUCAAAUUAUGCAUUUAUUACAAGUACUACAGACAGUGUAA